AUGUCAGAAAAAAAUUUAUGUACUGAUAUAACAUGUGACGAUACAAUCAAAGAAUUAUAUCAAUGUCAUUGUUGUUUACAACUUGUGUGUUUAACUCAUUUGAUUCAACACGUUGAAAUAGCAAAACAAAAUAGACAACAAUGCAAUUAUCCUCGUAAUGAAUUAAAUACGGUUAUAAAUAAACUUAACUUGAUUGUUGAAGAAAAACUAUUGACUAUUAAACAUGAACAAAACUUGAUUGAACAAGCAAAACAAUUUCUUAAUACACCUAAUAGUACUAUCGAAGAAUUACAGAAUAGUUUCGAACAAAUUAAUCAAGCAAUUAUAUCAAAUCGUUCAGAAGAAAUUAUAUUGAAAGUUGAACCUUUAUCAGCGAAUAUGGAAGAAUGCUCUUAUAUUCGCGAGCAUGAUAUGGAAAAUACGAAUUUGAAUGAUCAUGAAUCUUCAACAAAUGUUAUACCAAAUUUGAUGGAUACGAUCUUAUUUAAUGAAACAACGAAAUCCAUCGAGGAUGAAUAUGUCAAUAAAAAACAAAAGAAGAUUAAAAAAAAGCCAUGCAGAAUGAUUGUUAGUGAAUGUCCAUUAACAUUUAAUGGAGCAUAUGGCCUUAGUGAAGAAAAUCAUUCUAUUAAAUUUUGUGAAUAUGGACAAAAUCAUCCAAUUCGAUUAUAUGAACAUUUCCGAAACAAGCAUAAAUUAGAAGACGUUUAUAUCAAACGUUUAUUACGAGCUAUUGCUGAUAAUCAAGAUCCUAGGAAAACAAAAUUAUUUCAUGAAAAUGAAAGUAUAAUUGAUCCAUUUUGGAACGUACCAUGUCCUUUUAUUAAUGGACCGUCAUCAGAAUGUUGUCGAAAAUCUUUAAAGAAGAUACCAUGUGCAUAUCGAUUUAUUCAAUUUGAUAGAUUAAAAUUUCAUUUAGAACGUUAUCAUCAUGUUGCAAAUCGACAUGCACUUAAGAUAGUGAACAAUUUCAAAACAAUGCGCGCAAAACAUGAUACAGUUUCAAUUUCACAAAUUUCAUCAAUACAAUCAGAAGAAUAG